ACUUUGUUUGGUUACUGAGGAAACCAAAAGAGAAAGAAAGAUGCUUGCUUUAUGGAUUAUGGGGUGUUUUUGUUUUCAAAAAUUGAAACUUUCUGUUCUCUGGUAUACUAUACCAAAUGGGGUUUAAAAAAAGGGAAAAUUUGAAUUUAUGCUCUUUGUUUAUUGGUUUCUUUUUUGAUAUUCUGUGGCUGGCCAAAGAGGGAAACAGAGCUUGACUUGAGUUAGUUUCUAGUACUAGUACAUUUUGUGUGUUUAUCUUAAAGAUAAUUAUGUAAUGGUUACUUGAUAUCUUUGUUACAUUCUCUUUUUAAGGCCAUAUUUUGAUUCGGUUUUGACAAAAUCGUACCUUUGUUUCGUCCUUUUCUACUUUUCUGUUUCUGCUUUAUCUCUUCUUGGUUUUCUCUCUCGUGGGAAUUCAAAGUUCUACGUUUUCUCUCUCCCUUUCUCUUUACUUUGAAAUAAUGGUCUAGUCUUAAUUCUGAAUUGCUUUUUAUAAAGUGGAAACUAGUUACAAAAGAAUGUAUAGUUUGUUCUAUUUUUAAGCCUUUUAUGGACGAUCCCCCAUAAAUAUGAGGGUUUUAAUUAAGAUUGUGCCAAAUAAUAUGCUACUUGUUGUCAACUCUUUGUGUUGAUCUCUUCUUUGGUUCUCUUGUGAUGCUCAAACUUAAAAGGUAAACAUUUAAGAAUCAUGUAAAUAUAAUCCAUUUUAUUGUUUUGAUUGUAGUGUAUUUUGAUGCAUUUUACUAGGUAGGACAGACAGGUUUCUUGUUUUCUGGUUUGUUCUUGAAUUUUAUGCUCCCUAUUCUCCUCUAUUUGUCGGCUUCAAUUUUUUAAUUAGUAGUUUGUGGAUUAUUAAAUAACAUGUUUAUAUCUCUCCAAGUAGUGCGACAAUUAAGUGAAUCCUUAUGAAGGACAAGAUACUCGGACAGCGUUUUAAGAAUAUUCCAUUCCAAGCUGGUUCCAUCGUUGAUUCAAGCAAUCGCCUAUGGAUUGUAUUUGACCAAGAUAAAGAAGACCAUGGUUUUCUACAUCGAGGUGUAAAGUGAUUUGUGGGGGAAUCUUUAGGUUUUUGGAUAGCCUUUUCUUGGUUGACUAGCUAGCAAAUCUCAGAAUUUUAUGUGAGAUCUGUUCUGGCAAUCGGAGGAAACUUGUCAAUUAUUUACACCACGGAUGUCUUCUUUGUUCUGCGGUUGAGCAAAUGGGGGCUUGUGUUUCAACUAGUCGGAGUACUUGCAGUAGCAAGAGCAAUGGAGAGCCAGUUCCUCCCCCUUGCUUGGGGAUCGGUUUUUGCGGGCAAAAGAGAACUAAAAGGACAUUCUCUGAUCAUUUAGUUACACUUCAGCAUUUACCAUCCAUAUCUAACAGGGUUUUCACCAAUGGAAAGAGCCGAACUUCUUGUAUAUUCACACAGCAGGGUCGCAAGGGAAUAAACCAGGAUGCAAUGAUUGUGUGGGAAGAUUUCAUGUCUGAAGACGUGACCUUCUGUGGUGUCUUUGAUGGUCAUGGUCCACAUGGCCAUCUUGUUGCCCGCAAGGUGAGGGAUGCCCUGCCAGUAAAAUUACAGUCAUUCUUGAACUCUUGUCAAUCAAGGCAAAAUGAACCGGGUCAAACCUGUUUCACGGGGAAUUCAAAGAAAUCAGAUGUUGGGGAUUUGGACAAGGAUGGCUCUGUCGAGGAUAAAUUGAAUUCUUUAUGGAGAGAAACAUUUCUGAAGUCAUAUAAGGCCAUGGAUAAAGAGCUGAAAUCCCAUCCCAAUUUGGACUGCUUCUGCAGUGGGAGCACAGCUAUCACUAUUGUAAAACAGGGAUCGAAUCUGUUCAUGGGAUAUAUUGGGGAUUCGCGUGCAAUCAUGGGAUCUAAGGACAGCAAUGAUUCCAUGGUUGCAGUCCAGUUGACUGUUGAUCUGAAGCCUGAUUUGCCAAGGGAGGCUGAAAGGAUUAAGCGGUGUAAAGGUAGAGUCUUUGCAUUGCAAGAUGAACCUGAAGUGCCAAGAGUUUGGUUACCAUUCGAUGAUGCCCCUGGUCUGGCAAUGGCUCGGGCAUUUGGGGAUUUCUGUUUGAAGGAAUAUGGAGUGAUCUCAAUACCUGAGUUUUCACACCGGACACUUACAGACAAGGAUCAGUUCAUUGUUCUUGCCUCAGAUGGUGUUUGGGAUGUCUUGAGCAACGAAGAGGUGGUUGGGAUUGUAUCCUCUGCUCCAACACGGGCAUCAGCCGCAAGAAUUCUGGUGGACUCAGCUGCUCGUGAAUGGAAGCUCAAAUACCCAACUUCAAAGAUGGAUGACUGUGCUGUAGUUUGCUUAUUUUUGGAUGGGAAAAUGGACUCAGAAUCUGAUUACGAUGAACAAGGCUUUUCUUCAGCGACUCUUGAUCAGAGCAAUCAUUCUGGUAAUGCUGCUGAGUCAGAUGAUGGGCAGAAAUCCGAGCCAUGUUUGCAAAGAAACUUUACUGUCAGGUCAGCUGAAGAAAAUGAUACUUAUGGAAGACUAGCAGUUGAAGUUGAUGGAGAUGGCGAAACAGUGAGUGCUGAUGAUCAGAGUUGGUCAGGUUUGGAAGGUGUCACACGAGUUAAUUCACUUGUUCAACUUCCAAGAUUUUCUGAGGAAAGGCCAGACCCAUAAUUUUUGUGGUUAUCUACGUAAAUGAAAGAGCCUGCCAUCAUUGUAAUAUUUUUGCUCUGGGGCCCCAUUAUAUUCAAAGAACGUCCUUUUGUUCUGGUGGCAUAAUGUUUUGAAAAUUUACCCUGGUAAAUGAUUGCCACAGCCUCUUGUUUUGUUUUAUGUUACAGAAAUGUAGAAAGACAGCUUUGUUCAGAGAAUUGAACCUAAUCAACAUAGCUCUGUUAAUAUGAUUUUGAUUCUGUCAA